AUGCUGCACCAACAGACGUCGAUGCUCUCAGAACUGCUUGAACGCAAUCAGCCAUCGAACAGUCGUCGUGCUUCCGUAGUUCAUUCGUCCUGUCGCCUGCUCGAACUACUGCACGCGACCAGCCCUGCUCUACUACGUGGCCUAUCUGCCUGUCUACUACAACUAGCCGACGGCCAUCCGUCUCCGCCACAUCUUGAGCGUAUUCUCCACGCCAUUUGUGAGAGCGGAUCACAACGGCUCGAAUCGGUGGCGACCACCCAUGGGAGCGUUGCCUCUCAGGGACGUCAUGUAUGCCAAGAGAAUCCGAAGACUUCUGAUGAUCAUCACGGUAACGGCGGUGAGAAAGUGAAAAAUGAUCUGGAGCAUCUCGUUGCCAGCAUUAUGCACGAAGUGGUGGAAAUUCUGGAGCAAAGUGACGACAUCGAUGAGGAGACGGAACUGAGGUCAGAGGUGUAG